CGGGUCUCUCCAGGUGCAGUUUAUCAGCCAGAAGGCUGACGUCUGCGUAGUCACCUUCACGGCUCCGCUCAUAGUUACUAAAGUGUUAUAAAGUGUCCACGUCUUCUUAUAGGUGAUUAUGUAGGUUCACAGGAUUAUUCGACUCAGUUCAUUUCUCACCUGAGGGAGGAGGAAGAGGAAGACUGCGGCUCAUGGCUGUGAUUUUGCUCGUUUUCACAUUGGUGUUCACUGUUGAGUGGGACAAGACUUUCCUCGCAGUCGCUCAGACCUGUGUGGAUGAGAGCACGACUGAGGAGCAGGUGCUCUAUGUGGGGCAGCAGAGGCCUCCAUACCAGCUGAACUGCCCUCUGAAGCUCAUUGCGCCUCCAGGUUCCCCCCAGCUCAAACUGACCUGGAAGAAGGACUGUCAACAGCUCCCUGGCCAGGAAGGGAGGUCCUCCUUGGAGUUUGCCAGCCUCAGCUUUGAAGACCAAGGGAAUUACACCUGUGUGCAUGAGGGCAACAGCACAGCCUCAUUCACUGUUCGUCUCAUAGUUAAAGAGUCCCAGUGCUCCAAAGCACCAGAAUUUCAGCCUAACGGGGAUCUGACCAGACUUUUGGGGGAUGUGGGAUCCACUGUGACACUGAACUGCACUGCUCUCCUCCUCUGGGAUCCAAGAGAAGACCAAUGUGACACCACGCUGCAGUGGAGCAAAGACGGCCAUCCCCUCCCCAAUCAUACACAUUACACACAGAAUACCUCCUCAUGGUCUCCUGCUGCUGGCCAGCUGAUGGUAAACAGUCUCCUGGUGAUCACCCUCACAGAGCUGGAUGAUUUCGGGCUCUACAGCUGCACAGUGAGGAACAUUUCCACUGACUUCAGCCUAUACAGUUCAAGCAUCCCCAGCCACACAGCUGCUGUUAUUGCAGCCACCGUCCUUCUCAUUUUCCUGGCUUUAGCUGCUGUCGUGUACUCCAGAUGUCACCUAAACAUCAAGCUCUGGUACAAGAACUCCUAUGGAGAUUUUGAACUCAAUGAUGGCAAACUAUACGAUGCCUAUGUCUCCUAUGUCAACAACGAUCAUGAUAGGAAGUUUGUGAACUUUAUUCUCAAGCCUCACCUGGAGAAUAAAAAUGCGUAUAAGCUGCACCUUAAUGACAAUGAUAUCUUACCUGACUCAGAACCGUCUGCAGAGCUGCUAAUGAACAUGAGUCGCUCUCGGCGUCUGAUCGUAUUGCUCUCUCAUGCUUACCUUGAGCAGGACUGGUGCACCAAUAACUUCAGACAGGGUCUGCUGCACUUGCUGGAGUUAUGUCAGCAUCCCAUCCUCAUCAUGUUGGAGGGUCAGUACAAACGCAUGAGGCCUGAGAUCAAGCAGCAGCUCAGUGAGCACCAACACUGCCUCACCAUCCUCACCUGGAGACACAACUCUGUGACUCCCUCCUCAGUCUUCUGGAAGGAGCUGGCCUUAGUGAUGCCUCGCAGAGUCAUCUUCCACAGUAAGUCAGCAGGCGACCCUCAGACGAUGCUACAGGAUGACAAGGACCCCAUGCUGACCCUCAGCCCUGACUACCUGGACUGCCACUCAGACACCGACCCUGCUGGAGAUCUGGGCCUUCGGCUGCCUGUGUACAAGGCUCUGGCCUGUACAGCUCCUGUCCUUCCUGCUGUUCCCAUCACUGUGUCUGAACCCAAACCCUCAGAUAUCGACGUGUCGGAUCUGGGAUCACGCAACUACGGAGCUCGGUCAGACUUCUACUGCCUGGUCUCUGAGGAGGACAUGUGAUCGACGCUCUGCUCACGUUUCUUCUCUGUUUUUAAAAUCUAAGUGUUACCUUUUUCUGUUUCCACUUACCAAAGACUCAUUUGUUUUUAUAUUUUUUACUGUUGUGUUAAAUAUUUUAUAAGAACUUGUGCAAGAAAUUAUCUUAAGUAUUUGUGUCAAGCAGGGGAAUAAAUAACUUACUAUGAAUAGAUCGAAUUUUUGAAUCCAAUGUUGUCGUAGCCAAGAUGUCUCAUGACAUCUCCAGCAGAGGGCAGUGUAAUGUUAGAAAAAAAGAUGAAGGAAUUCUGCUUUUUUGGCAUUUUGUCUUAAUUUGACAGUUGACAGUAGACAGAGGGUUGAGAAAGACAGAGACAAUACAUGUGACAAAGUUCUGGAGUCAGAUUUGAAUCCACAACACUCUGUAUCUGUUCAUACUUCAGCCAACUGAUGGACGAGGACACCCGUGAUUGAAGAACUCAAAGUUCUUGACAUUUCUGUACAGGUGGGGGCUUUUGAGUGUUAUGUAACCUGACUGUGAUGAUACCAGGGCAGUCAUGCUAAUAAAGCAGUUUAACAAUA